AUGACCGACGAAUUCGAAGAUUCUGUUACCGGCAAUAUAGAGCCCGAACGAUCAAGUGCUGCGGUUGAUCGUCUCACCAUGAGAUUACCACCCUUUUGGGCAGAAGAUGCGGAAGUUUGGUUCGCCCAGGUCGAGGCGCAGUUCGCCGUUUGGGGCGUGAAAGCAGAUUCUACCAAAUAUUUUCAAGUGAUCAGAGAGCUAGAUCCCAAAACGGCUCGAGAAGUACGGGAUAUCAUAACGAAGCCCCCAGAAACAGAUAAAUACGAAAAGUUGAAAAAACAAUUGAUCGACCGUCUGUCAACGUCGCAAGAAAACAAAAGACGUCAGUUGCUGCAAUUUGAAGAACUUGGAGACAGGAAACCAAGCCAAUUCCUUCGUCACCUUCGAGGAUUAGCUGGCGAUAGUGUCACUGACGAUUUUCUCCGAAGUUUGUGGUCGACUCGUCUACCUACUCAAGUGCAAGCGAUCAUCGCGUCUCAGAAGACGGCUUCUUUAGACGACAUCGCGAUCCUUGCAGACCAAAUCAUCGACGUGACACCUUGUUCUUCUUUUAAGCAGGUUGCAAGUAUGACUUCGUUCGAAGACAUGUUCAAGAAGAUGGAGCAAUCCAUAACGGCGCGCAUCCAGAGUGAAAUGACGCAACAGAUUGCUCAGCUAAGCACCGGUCCUCCUACCUUCUGUAGACCACGCCGCUUAGCUCCAGACCGCCUGAAGAUUGCUAAGGAGCAGUUUGAAGAGAUGCUUCGCGACGGUGUAGCGGAAUGCGCUGAAUCACCAUAG